ACGUCGACCAGCGGCAUUGCCCUCUGGGAUAUGUAGUUUUUAUGUGGACGAGCUGAGUAAAAAUGCAUUUUCCACAUGGACUGUGGAAAAAUGACAUGUGACAAAAAAACUCAAAUACAAUAAAUUUGAAUAAUUAUUCAAUUACAUUAAAAUUUAAUUCAGUGUGCUAAAAUGUGGGCGGCACAUUGGUCGCGUGGUUACCACGUGUGCCUCACAGUGCAGGGGUCAAGGGUUCGAUUCCUGUCUGCAGUAUUGCGAGUUCUUCUGGUACCAGUGUGGGUUUUCUCUGGGUACUCCUGUUUCCUCCCACAUUCCAAAAACAUGCAUGGCAGGUUAACAGAACAUUCUAAUAAAGGUUUUCUUAUCUUAUCUUAAAUUGUCCCAUUGUGUGAUCGUGACUGUGAAUGGUUGUUCGUCUCUGUGUCCCCUGCGAUUGGCUGGCAACCAGUUCAGGGUGUACAACGCCUGCUGGCCGAAAACAGCUGGGAUAGGGUCCAGCACGCUUGCGACCCUCAUGAGGAUAAGCCGAUUAGAAAAUGGGUAGAUGGAUGGAUGCUAAGAUGCAUGAAUUGAAUAAUUAUAAAAAAAACAUAGUUCAAUCCCACUAGUUAAGUACUCAAAAUACAGUAAAAUAAAUCCCCAAAAAACAACAAUGCAAAAUGCAUGAUUCUGUACUUUAGCUGACCACAUCUGUGUACUCUAUAUGUGUGUCUUAAAAUUAGUUGCUGCUGCUGGAUGAAAAAUAUAGAACAGGGGGCAGACUCGGGAGUAUUGAAAUAUGAAAAAUGCAUGUGUGUGUGUGUGCGCGCGCGCGUGCACAUGUCCACGCUGUGCGUCAGCAAAAGAAAAAAAAUCCAGGCGUAAGCAAGCAGAAGACCUGAGUCAUUCUCCCCGGCAGCUGUGCCCCGCUUAAACAAACAAGCAAGCAAAGCGCAUUAUUUGCAGAUAUUCACCUUUUUUUUUUUUUUUGCAACACUCGACUAAAGACAUUGCAAAGUCCUCAUGGUACCUUCCAUGUUUUUUCAAAGGCCUUUUUUACAGAAUCAGCAGCUGCUCUUGUGUCUCUCCAAGCUUGCUGAUUAACAUUUACCGCCAACAAAUUGCCUCCCGUGACGAUAAAGCCUAACGAAAUGAAGCCAAACUUGGACUGAACGUCAGUGGAAAUGGCAACAAAAGCAAAGUCUGCAAAUGUGGCUAUGAACAGCGACUAUGAAUCUGACAGCCAUAGAAAUUUAAAAGGACAUAAGGAAGGAGAAUCUCUGACAAUCGCUUGCUCUGGUCUGAAGAACUCCAUUUCUGACAGGAAUGAGCUUUUCGGCCUGGUUUGAAGCAGGCCUUGGCUCUGUAACUCUGGUCUGACUCACUCUUUUUUGUUGGAAUGACCCAUUUAUAUCAAUCAGUCUCCUCCGAAAUACACCCAGUAUCGAUUUGUAUGUAAUUUGGUCUAUUACGAAUGUCACUACGAAUCAAUUAUUGUGAUCUUAAUCACUCGACUUUGUUGAAGUAGCACUAUAAUAUCAUUUGUCAGUCCACCUCUGUAGAUCUGGUUUGAAGGACACCUUGGAUCCAUUAUUCUGCUCUGAUUUGCGCCACGGGCUCAUUUGCCCUUGUUUGAAUCACUCCUCAAAUCUCUUGCUCUCAUUGGAAUCCGCUGUCACAUCAUCUGGAAUCACACAAAGGUUCGACUGCUCCGGUCUCACAUGCUCUUUGAAUUACUUGCUCUCAUCGGAAUUCCCCAUUGGUGAGAUUUGGGCCGCUUUGAAUCACACCUGAGUUUGAUUGCUACAGUCUGGAUAACUCUUUAACCGGAAUCUAUUGCUCUGGUCUGACGAGCACCUGGGCUCGAUUGCUCUGGUCUGAACCAAUUAUGUCAUUUGGUCUGGAUUGAAGCACACCGAAUGGCGCCUCGCAUUUCUUGAUUUUUCUCGAGUCGCUGCUGAAAGCAUCGAUGAAGCAUUACUAUCAAAACAAGAAUCUAGCAAAAUCUACUAAAUCAACACAGUCGCGUUCAUUUACAUUUUUUUGACUGACACGCCCCCAUCGUUAAUCCUCCUUUCAACACAGCUGCAUAAAAUCCGUCCAAGGGAAAACAAACAUUAUGAAAUAACCCAGUGUGUGUGUGUGUGUUUGCGUGCGCAUGUGUGUGUCUUGUUGUGGUGGUAAUAAAGUGAAAGAAAUCCAAACAGAGUUGGCACAGAGGGCUCAGGUAACAAAGACAGUGUUUCAUUACAUCCCAAAUAGAAUAUAGAUGGAAAUGUCAUGUCCCAGACUGAACUCGCCGCUCGACACACACAUGACACUAACACAUUCACACGAGCCUCCAUUGCACACACGUGCACGUGACCACGCGCACAAAAAAACUUAAUACAGAAAUAAUACACAAGUACUAGAUCCGUUCCACCUCCGUCCGCUCGCGAAACCACCAAAUUCCAGAUUAUUCACAAUUCAUCAUCCAUCCGUGGCACCUGUGAUCGAGCCAUCAAUCAAGGCCGAGGAAUGAAUGCGAAGUGGACUUUAGCCUCUCGGCAUGAUUCAUGGAGGACAAAAGUGACAUCGUGAAUAGUUAAUGAGCGCAGAGAGAAAAAGAAGAGGGGAGGUGGAGAAAUAAAGAGAGAGAGAGAGAGAAGGGGGGGGUGAGAGGAUGAGAGGGAGGGAUGAAGGCGGGUAUCAUCCUUGCUCGCCUCUCCUCCACGCGGCUUCAUUAAGGUCGAGCUCGACAAGGGAAAAGUAGUUGGGACGGAGGCAAGAAAGACGGAAAGAGGAACUACAAGAGGAAUAAGAAGAAGAUGAUUUGGGGGGUGGUGGGGGUGGGGGGGUCCUUAGACUAGCACGAUUAACAAAAGCAAACUAGCUGAAACGCAUUGCUCCGAAAAUCACCGGGACGAGGGACUACGAGAAAGAACAAGAACUGUCAAAAGAGAAUGAAGGCAAAGAAUUAGAACAAGAAAAAGGAAGAAGAACACCAACUAGAGGAACAAGAAAAAAAAACAGAUGGAAAAAGAAGCGUAAGAAGAACUGGAUGAGGAUCAAGAAUAAGCACGAGAACUAAAAGGAAGGGAAAAGGUACAAGUACAAAAAAAAAGAAAUUAAAGAAGAACUGGAAGAGAAAUAAUCACAAGACGAAAAUAACUAACGAUAACUACCGGUACACUGACAGAAAAAAAAAACUACAAGAAGAAAUAAAAAAGUGAAAGACAAAUAACUAGAACAUGAAGACAUAACGAGAUAACAAGGAACAACAACAACCAGAGCCAGAAUAACUCAAGAGAACUAGAAGGAGAAGACUCGAAAUAACCCCCGACAAGAACUGGAAGAAUAACCAGAACCACAACGACAACACCAACUGGAGCAAGUCGAGGCGGGAUGGACCGAUGAGGCGAACGAGUCAUGCGGCGGCCGCCAUGCGGAGAUUAAGCUCUCGGGGGUCGGCGGCGGGAUGCGAGCGGGCGCCCUGCGGGUGGCGGGCGCUGCUGUUGCCUCAGCAGAACCGCCAAUCGCUCUACAUGUACGGGAGCGAGGUGGCCGUGGAGAAGGAGUGCACGCGGCAGCUGCAAAGCGGCGUCUUUGUCAUACAUCCGUUCAGCCUCAUGAGGAGCUAUUACAUCAUGGGCAUGAUGGCCAUCACCUUCCUCAACUUAAUCGGCAUCCCCAUGGAGAUCGCCUUCCUGGACGGCACCAGCGGGCUGGCCUGGGAAGGCUUUAACGUCUUCUCAGACACACUCUUCCUCAUCGACGUGGCGCUCAACUUCCGCAUGGGCAUCAUCAGCGAGAACGGAGAGGAAGCAAUUUUAGACAUCAAGCAGAUCCGAGUGUGCUACCUGAGGACAUGGUUCAUCCCUGACGUCAUCGCCGCCUUCCCCAUCGGAUACAUUCUGCUCUUUGCGGACUUACAUUACCACAGCAAUGACAACCCCUCCAAGACCACCAGGAUGAUGAGGAUCCUCAUGUUUGUGCGCAUCCUCAGUCUCAUACGGCUGGCGCGGGUGUCCAGGCUGGUCCGCUUCUUCAACGAGGUGGAGAAAGUAUCCAAUGCAAACUUAGAGGUGGUGCGCCUGUUCUUCCGCAUCCUGUCCCUGUUCAUGAUGAUCUUCCUGCUGUGCCACUGGAAUGGUUGCAUCCAGUACUUUGUGCCCAUGCUGGAAGAGUUCCCCACAGACUGCUGGGUGCGCAAGGAGAACUUGAUGAAUGCCACGGUCAUUGUAAAGUACUCCUGGGGGGUCUUCCGAGCCCUCUCGCAGAUGAUCGCGCUGUCGUAUGGAUCCAUGGAUGCUCCAACCAAUUAUGUGGAGAUGUGGAUCGUUAUGGUGAGCAUGGUGUCCGGAUGCUUGAUGUACACGGUGCUGGUGGCCAAUGCCACUGCCAUGAUCGCCAACACUGACCCCGCUGCCAAGGAGUACAAGAGCAAGAUGAGCCGCUUGGAGCACUACAUGGCCUUCAUGAAACUCCCGCCGGAGCUGCAGUUGCGCAUCACCAACUACUACCAGGCACGCUACGGAGGGAAAUGGUUCGACGCGAAGGAGGUCAUGCACACCGUAUCGUCCGCCUUAAGGGAGCAAAUCCUGACAGUGAUGUGCAGCCGCCUACUCAGGAACAUGCCAUUGUUCCGGAACAAAGACGAAAAUGUGAUCAUUAGCAUCGUGCAGAGGCUGGACUACGAGGUUUACCAGGAGGGCGACGUCAUCAUCCGGGAGAACGCGCCGGGAGACCGCAUGUUUUUCAUCGAGCACGGCCAGGUGCUGGAGGAGAACGAUGACUUCCACAGGGAGCUUUGCGACGGAGACUUCUUUGGAGAGGCAUGCGUGCUGACCAGAGGCAAACAUCUGGCUACGGUGAAGGCGCUGACCGACUGCCAGUGUUUCAGUCUGUCCUGGGAGGACUUUCAGGAGGUGCUGCAGGCCUACCCGGACGUGCGCAAGGAUUUGGAGAAGAUGGUGCAGCUGGAUGCAGCAUUUGCGUGAGGAAGCAGCUGGAUCAGAUAGUGUAAAAUAUUAUGCUAAUAUACACUGGGUGGGUGGGGGGGGGGGCUUUGUACUCAAAGGCCACCUGGAUCCACCAUCCUCCAUAAUGGAUUGAAACGGCAACGUUGCAAAGUGCUGUGACAGCAAAUGAUGGCCCAUUUAGAGAUAUUUUGAACAUGUUCAAAAUAUUUUGCCGACAUGAAAAAUGAUCUGCAAACAUAAUUGUCGGUGGGAGAGGAGUCGUCUCCCAACCUAGAUGUUGGUGGUUCAAUCCCCAGCUAUUGCAACCACGUCGAGUUGUCCUUGAGCAAGAUCAAGUAAAUCAUGUCUACGUAAAAGAAUCCAUUUAAAAUCAUAACUUGUAUAAAUAUUUUUAUUGGAUCAUUUCUUUCCAAUAUUACUAUACAGUAUAGAAAUAGCAAUUCUCCCUUUAUUUAACGAUGUUUAAGUAAAAGUGUUCAUUUGGAUAAGAAAAUAAAAGUUAGAAUGCAAAAUGCAGUGGUAUGAUGAUUUACGAGUGUCACAAAUUUUCAGAGUUGCCAGAGUAAGAUGACCGUACUCUGCUCACCCCUGUUUUCGAUGUAUCCCCCAUUUUAGUCAUCACAGCAAUAAUAAUCAAUAAAGACCAUCAAACACUC